UUCCAAAUCAAGCCCGAUAUAUUUGGCCGAAUUGCAGCUUGUAGCUUUCAAAUAAAAUAAAAAUCAAUUGCUUCACAUGUAAUCAAACAAUCAAUAGCGCUCUAUCAGUUGCCAUGGUGACGGUGUUCACUUAAGUGUAAAUACAACGCAUAAAUGGCAUUUCUAGAUCAUUGCCUUAUUAGUAUACAAACUUACUAAAUUCUUCUAUUUUAAUUCAGUAAAUAUAGCCUUCGUAAAAUGUGAGCAUGGUUUAUUUUCUUGCUACCCGUAUUUGUUUAAACGUAUUAUGCAUUUUUUACCACUUUCUUUUAAGUGCAACUUUAGAAAACUAUACAUCAAACUUUGAUUAUGAAACUUCUUUUGAAAAUGAAUCAUAUGCAGAACUCGAUAAAAAUCACUCUCUCUGGAAAAAUAUUUCUGCUACGAAUAUAACUGGGGUGAAUGUUACUGACGCUUCCAGCGACGGAGAACUUGAUGAUUUACCAUUCUGGCACUGGUAUGAUCUAUCUUAUACUCCGUCAGAUGAAAACAUCUGUAUUUGUGAUUUAUAUUAUGAUGUUUGUGAUAUUAACUGCUGUUGUGACUCAGAUUGCAGUGAAGAUGAUAUGAAAGUUUUUUCUAGUUGUAAUUCUCAAGUGACGGUUGAUGAAAAUUAUUGCUAUUUCACGGAUAUAAUUUUACGAAACAAUGCUGUUUAUCAGAUUCAGCAAAAUCCUAACAACGGUUUGCUUUGCAUAGCUCAUAACAACUUGAAACAGUAUUUGCGCUUUAAAGAUUUACCUACUCUGAAAUCUCACAGAGAUCUUGAUGUGCUCCUCAAAUAUCAGUCAAAAACGAUUUAUUCUUGGGAGGACACUCAAGUGAGGGAAACAAAAGAACAAGACAUGAAAUCUGGAAGACCUGUACCCAUUAUUAUUUCUCAAAUAGAAAGUGUUUGGGAUUUACCUCAUUCAUGUUUUGGUGAGGCAUGUACCUGCAGAAGAAAAGUACUAUAUUUGGAAGACUACAAUUCCUCUUGUACUGUUACAAUAAAUAAUCUACGAAACGAAUGUGAAAAAAAUGAAGCUUUAUCCGUACACAACUACAUAAAUUUUUGUUUAGGCGCUCAGCGGAGAGGACUUUCAAAUAAUCUGUUUCCUCAUUCAAAAACCAUUAUUUCUGAUGAAUUAUUUUCCGAUGUCAACAAGUUUUGCUUCACUAAAAUAACAGAAAAACCCACCUAUGAAUCAAAUACUUGCUUCAACGUUGUUAGUCAGAUUCAUUUCACUGUACUUCACAACGGAAUUUUAGGAAUUAAAGAAAUCAUACCAACUUUCAGUCUUCUCAAUUUAUCGUCAGUUAACUCAACUGUGACUCAACGUUUCAGCGUUGAAUUUAAGUGGCACAAUUCUACAGAAACAAUUACUAAGAGAAGUGGCAAUCCUGGAUACCAAGUAGGUUUGCCAAUUGUUACCGGCACAAACAGUUCUGAAGCUACCAAAAUAAUAAUUCAACCAGGGGGUCUCUCAAUUUUUGGUAAAGACGGUUUGAGCCAGUGCCAUGGGCGCAAAAGCGUAAAAUUUGGAAAGAACUUCAAAUCAAGUUGCUACUUAAAGAUAAAUAGUAAUAUUAAUGACUGUAAAACUGCCCAGGAAAAAAUUUAUGAUGUUCUUUUAGGUUCCAGUAGGGAUAGUAAUUUGUUUGUUGGCAUGUUUGGAAAUGCUAAUGAGAGUAACAGAGAAGAGUGGAUUGAAGCCUAUCAUGAUGAAGAAGUUUCAAAUGUGGACGGUGUUUGUCAUUUAACUACUGGACUAAAAAUAAAUGUGGUAUAUGCGGCAGUUGGUACAGUUCAAAAUCCACAGUUUAAAAUAUUAGGUUUAGGCUAUCAUUACAUAAAUUUUGCUGAUUUAACUAAUGGGGAACAACUCAUUAUUUUGUCAGCAUCAGUGUCAUUUUUUGAUGUUACUGAACCAGUCAUACCACACUAUCCAAAAGCGCCAUCACUAAAAGUAAAUUUGCCAUCUGAUUUCUUUUAUCCCUUCUUACAAGGAUCUUGAAAAUGGAUUUCUCAAUAAUUUGGAUAGAGUGUUACACAUUUCUUCUGUUAAAGUAACCUGCCGCACAUACAAACUGUUCAAUUGUUUUUUUUUUUAAAUAUCUUUUUCUUUUUAGAAAAAGACAACUAAGUCGAAUAAGUUACCAAAGAAGAUGCAUUCUGUACAUAAUUUCAUAGCUUAAUCCACAGUAAUAGUAAUUAAUGAAAGAAGCGUUUAAUAAUGAAAAUGUACUCGUAAAUGUAAAAAAUUGAUUAUGAGAUUAAACGUCAUUUAUGUAA